AUGGAAGGAGAGAGAGGUGGUGCUCCCAAUUAUGAGCUUCAAGUUUCAUUCACCAACACCCCACAAGCUAUCCACGAAAUGGGUUUUGUUCAAUUUGAAGAAAACCAUAUUCUUGGAUUCUUGUCACCCUCUUCACAAUCUCAAUCUUCUCAGCUCUCUCAAUCCUUAAACUGUGUCACAACCACCACAACCGCCACAACCAUCGGAUUCAUGAGUCAUAACGAACUUGUCACCAAAACUUGGAAUAACGACCAGGUAGGGACUCUGGAUCCAAAAGCUGUCAAUGAUGAAAAUUGCACUGGAAAUGCUAGUGAUGGCAAUAACAACGCUUGGUGGAGGAGCGUAGCUACGGAGAAGAGCAAGGUGAAAAUAAGGAGGAAGCUUAGAGAACCAAGGUUUUGUUUCCAAACAAGAAGCGAUGUGGAUGUGCUUGAUGAUGGUUACAAAUGGAGGAAAUAUGGCCAGAAAGUUGUCAAGAAUAGCCUUCAUCCGAGAAGUUAUUACCGAUGCACCCACAGCAACUGUAGGGUGAAGAAAAGAGUGGAAAGACUCUCAGAAGACUGUCGUAUGGUGAUAACCACAUACGAAGGAAGACACAAUCAUUCCCCUUGCGACGACUCCAAUUCAUCUGAACAUGAAUGCUUUACCUCUUUCUAG